GCGCGCACCGCCCAUCCAGCCGCUCAGUCGCCGGUCUUCGGCCUCUGAAGUGGUCGGGUGGCUGCCGGCAAGCCGGCGAUCAGACUGCCCGGCGGGCGGACGGCGGGGCCGGCCUGCUGUCUCCGAGGAAGAGGGACGUGGCAAUUUUUCCGGUGUCUAGAAUCCCGUCGGACCUGUGCAGCCUGCCCAGGCCGACGAGGGAGAAACUGAGGAGCCGCAGACUCUCCACCCGUGCCGCCGCCGCCAUGGCUGCCAUGAUGGAUCGGAAGUGAGCCUCAGGGCCACUGCUACCGGCGCCGGCGCUUCGAGUCUGGGUUCCCGGGCCACCGCCGCCGCGGGAAGGGCGGGCGACGCGCCAGACUGCUGACUCUCUCGGCCUUCGCGACCCCUGUCCUCAGCUCGGGCCUGCUUCCUUCCAGACUGAGAGGCGGGGAGUGGCUCCCGGUCUCCGGCCCCGGCAGCGAGGAAGAUGGCGGACCCGGCCGAGUGCAACAUCAAAGUGAUGUGUCGCUUCAGACCUCUCAAUGAGUCUGAGGUGAACCGCGGCGAUAAGUACAUCGCCAAGUUUCAGGGAGAAGACACGGUCAUGAUCGCGUCCAAGCCUUAUGCAUUUGACCGAGUGUUCCAGUCAAACACCUCUCAAGAGCAAGUAUAUAAUGAUUGUGCAAAGAAGAUUGUUAAAGAUGUACUUGAGGGAUACAAUGGAACGAUAUUUGCAUAUGGACAAACAUCCUCUGGGAAGACACAUACAAUGGAGGGUAAACUUCAUGAUCCAGAAGGCAUGGGCAUUAUUCCAAGAAUAGUGCAAGAUAUUUUUAAUUACAUUUAUUCUAUGGAUGAAAAUUUGGAAUUUCAUAUUAAGGUUUCAUAUUUUGAAAUUUAUUUGGAUAAGAUAAGGGACCUGUUAGAUGUUUCAAAGACCAACCUUUCCGUUCAUGAAGAUAAAAACCGAGUUCCCUAUGUAAAGGGAUGCACAGAGCGUUUUGUAUGUAGUCCAGAUGAAGUUAUGGAUACCAUUGAUGAAGGAAAAUCCAACAGACAUGUAGCAGUUACAAAUAUGAAUGAACAUAGCUCUAGGAGUCACAGUAUAUUUCUUAUUAAUGUAAAACAAGAGAACACGCAAACGGAACAAAAGCUGAGUGGAAAACUUUAUCUGGUUGAUUUAGCUGGUAGUGAAAAGGUUAGUAAAACUGGAGCUGAAGGUGCUGUGCUUGAUGAAGCUAAGAACAUCAACAAGUCACUUUCUGCUCUUGGAAAUGUCAUUUCUGCUUUGGCAGAGGGAAGUACGUAUGUUCCAUAUCGCGAUAGUAAAAUGACAAGAAUUCUUCAAGAUUCAUUAGGUGGAAACUGUAGAACCACUAUUGUAAUUUGCUGCUCUCCAUCAUCGUACAACGAAUCUGAAACAAAAUCUACACUCCUGUUUGGUCAGAGGGCCAAAACAAUUAAGAACACAGUUUGUGUAAAUGUAGAAUUAACUGCAGAACAGUGGAAAAAGAAGUAUGAAAGAGAAAAGGAAAAAAAUAAGACCCUGCGGAACACCAUUCAAUGGCUUGAAAAUGAACUCAACCGGUGGCGUAAUGGAGAGACAGUGCCUAUUGAUGAACAGUUUGACAAAGAGAAAGCCAACUUGGAAGCUUUUGCAGUGGAUAAGGAUAUUACCAUCACCAAUGAUAAACCCGCAGCUACGAUUGGAGUUACUGGAAACUUUACUGAUGCUGAGAGAAGAAAGUGUGAGGAAGAAAUUGCUAAAUUGUACAAACAACUUGAUGACAAGGAUGAAGAAAUUAAUCAACAGAGCCAGUUGGUAGAGAAACUAAAGACACAAAUGUUGGAUCAAGAAGAGCUUCUGGCAUCGACCAGAAGAGAUCAAGAUAAUAUGCAAGCUGAACUGAAUCGCCUUCAAGCAGAAAAUGAUGCCUCUAAAGAAGAAGUAAAAGAAGUUUUACAAGCCUUAGAGGAGCUUGCUGUCAAUUAUGAUCAGAAGUCUCAGGAAGUCGAAGAUAAAACUAAGGAAUAUGAAUUGCUUAGUGAUGAACUAAACCAGAAAUCGGCAACUUUAGCAAGUAUAGAUGCUGAACUUCAGAAACUUAAGGAAAUGACCAACCACCAGAAAAAACGAGCAGCUGAGAUGAUGGCAUCUUUACUAAAAGACCUUGCAGAAAUAGGAAUUGCUGUAGGAAAUAAUGAUGUAAAGCAGCCUGAGGGAACUGGCAUGAUAGAUGAAGAGUUCACUGUUGCAAGGCUCUACAUUAGCAAAAUGAAAUCAGAAGUAAAAACAAUGGUAAAACGCUGCAAACAGUUAGAAAGCACGCAAACUGAGAGCAACAAAAAAAUGGAAGAAAAUGAAAAGGAGUUAGCAGCAUGCCAGCUUCGUAUCUCUCAACAUGAAGCCAAAAUCAAAUCAUUGACUGAAUACCUUCAAAAUGUGGAGCAAAAGAAAAGACAGCUAGAGGAAUCUGUCGAUUCCCUCAGUGAAGAACUAGUCCAACUUCGUGCACAAGAGAAAGUGCAUGAAAUGGAAAAGGAGCACUUAAAUAAAGUUCAGACUGCAAAUGAAGUUAAGCAAGCUGUUGAACAGCAGAUCCAGAGCCACAGAGAAACACAUCAAAAACAAAUUAGUAGUUUGAGAGAUGAAGUUGAGGCAAAAGAAAAACUUAUUACUGAUCUUCAAGACCAAAACCAGAAAAUGAUGUUAGAACAGGAACGUCUGAGAGUAGAGCAUGAGAAAUUGAAAGCUACAGAUCAGGAAAAGAGCAGAAAACUACAUGAACUUACAGUCAUGCAAGAUAGACGAGAACAAGCAAGACAAGACUUGAAAGGUUUGGAAGAGACAGUGGCAAAAGAACUUCAGACUUUACACAACCUGCGUAAGCUCUUUGUUCAGGACUUGGCCACCAGAGUUAAAAAGAGUGCCGAGAUUGAUUCUGAUGACACUGGAGGCAGUGCUGCUCAAAAGCAGAAGAUCUCCUUUCUUGAAAAUAAUCUUGAACAACUCACUAAAGUGCACAAACAGUUGGUACGUGAUAAUGCAGAUCUUCGCUGUGAACUUCCUAAGUUGGAAAAGCGACUUAGAGCUACAGCUGAGAGGGUAAAAGCUUUGGAGUCAGCACUGAAAGAAGCCAAAGAAAAUGCAUCUCGUGAUCGCAAACGCUAUCAGCAAGAAGUAGAUCGUAUAAAGGAAGCGGUCAGGUCAAAGAAUAUGGCUAGAAGAGGACAUUCUGCACAAAUUGCUAAACCUAUUCGUCCUGGGCAACAUCCAGCAGCUUCUCCAACUCAUCCAAGUGCAAUUCGUGGAGGAGGUGCAUUUGUUCAGAACAGCCAGCCAGUAGCAGUUCGAGGUGGAGGAGGCAAACAAGUGUAACCUCUACACAUUACCCACAGGCAUUGAAAGUAAUUGAAUAUGAAGAGGACAUAAUAUCAAGCAGAGUCUUUCAGUGACUAUAACCUCUACCCCCUGGGAAUUGUAGAAUUAUAACUUUUUUUUAAUGUAUAAAUUAUACCUGGCUUGUACAGCUGUUUCCUACCCACUCCUCUUGUAAACUCUGCUGCUUCCCAACACAACUAGAGUGCAAUUUUGGCGUCUUAGGAGGGAAAAAAAUGACAGUUUACAACUGUGGUCCUAUUUAUUACACAGUUUGUCUUUUGUGUCUUAAAUUUAGUCUUCACUGUGCCAAGCUAACUGUACCAUAUAGGAUUGUGCUUUUUGUACUUUUUUGUGUGUGUGUGUUUAUUUUUUAAUCUCAGUUUAAGUUACCUAGCUGCUACUGCUUUUUAUUUUGCUUUUCUUAUUACGAUGUCUUCCUUAUUUAGGGAAAAUGGAACAUUUAGAUUAAAUGUCUUAAAUUUUACCACUUAAAACACUACAUGCCCACAAAAUAUAUCCAGUCAGUACUGUACUUUAAAAUCCCUUGAAAUGAUUUCAGAGUUAAAAUUAUUUGUAUCGUCUCUGAAGUUUGCUUCUGAAAACUACUGUUUGAGCACUGAAACCUUAAAACUGCAUAAGUAGGCAUUUGAGACUGAGCAAUGCUACUUAAUUCUCUCAUGAAAUGCCUGUUGCUAAAUUAUCUUGAAUAGAAAUAUUUUAUAUCAAAAGCAGUCUCACUUUAUGAAAGAGAGUUUGGAGACUCUUCCCAGUUCUGUAAUCAAUAUGGCCUGAUGGAAUGAAAAUACCCUGCUUCAUUCUGGUGAGCCUGCUAAUUAAUAUAAGAAUUGGACAGAUUAAUUUAUCAUCUUAAUAUAGUGAAAUGAAUUAAGAUACUACAUGAUCAAACAGCAUUUUAUAUUGUUAGUGCUGUAUCGAUUAUUCUAAAUUUAUAGUCUGUGAAAAUUGAGAAAAAGUAUGGAAGAACAGGACAAGUAUAUGGUGGACUUAGAAACACGUUGAUUAAUUUUGGUCUGAAAUCCUUGAGGUGUUUUUAAUCUGUUAACACCAAGUCAUACACUAUAGUUUAUUUCUUGUUUAGUCUAGAAAUAAUAAAUUGCAAGUCACUAAUCCUCAAAUUAUUGUGUUGGCUAUAGCCCCUAAUUUUGUAAUUAGUACUAAGUGUACCUGUUUUUGCCAUUCUUCUCAGCUGAUUAGGCGACGUCAAGUUUAUUUUCAGAAGCUAUAAAAGUAAUAAGGAAAGAGGUUUCAAUAUUUGCUUCAUCUGUGCGUGGGGUGACUACAGCUAUAUUAGCAGAAAUUUGCAGAGGAUGAGGAUUUAAGGUUAUUCAGUCAGUAAAGAAAGUUGGAGAGUUCUGUGUUAGGAUCUGGCUGGCAGAAUUAACUUUUUGAAAAAGUUUUAUACACAGAUAUUUGUAUUAAAUUUGGAGCCAUAGUCAGAAGACUCAGAUCAUAAUUGGCUUAUUUUUCUAUUUAACUAUUGUAAUUUCCACUUUUAUAAUAGUUUUGAUUUAAAAGAUAAAUUUAUUUAUUUAUUUUUUUAACAGUCAAAAAUCCUUGCUGUUGGAGUAUGCAACCUUUAAAAUGAUUGUGUUGCUUUUGAUCAAAGAAACACUCCAGAAAUUGAGAUGAAACCUUGGUGUGCAGCAAGAUUGAAGUAAUACAGUUAACUUUAAAAAAAAAAAAGUGCUAUAGCCUAUUUAUGAUGAUAGUUUUCUAAAUGGAGAAAUAUUUGGCUGCAUUCACAUAGACAUUUAUAUUUUGUUUUCAAAAGAAAGCUUGCUUCUUUGGCAGUAGUCUUAAAUGAAGCAGAUUUUUUUUUCUCUUUUAUCUGAACAUGGUAGUUUCACUCUUGUUAGAUGUAUCACGGGUAUUGGUGCUGUGUAACAAACAAUUGUAACUAGCAUGUGGUUCAGAAUACACAAUGUUAGGGUUUUUUAAUAUUGAAAUGGUUCUUUUCUAUUUAUAAUUUCAAACUUUCACAAAGUGUACAAAGAAUUUCAUAAAUUAGUUUUCAGUGAACUGCUCUAUUUGCUACGGUAGGUCAUUAAACAGCAUUUACUCUUAUAAAUGAAAAUUUCUGAUCAUCUGGAACAUUGACGCUUAUUUCAAUUUGCGGUGUCUUUUUUUUUUUUUUGACAAUAUCAACGUUCCUCUGAAUGGUAUUGAUAAAUGGUUCAGAAGAGAAACUCAGUGAAAUAAAAGAAUAAUAUUUAUUCAUGGUGAGCAAUUAAAUUAUUUGCCUAACUUAAACUACUAUUUGUAACUUUCAAUUUGAUAUGAGGUGACAGAAAAGAGUCUUGAGUAUACCUGUGGAGUAUGUGGGUUUAUUUUCAGUGCUUGAAGAUACACUCAAAGAUCAUUGGUUUGGGAAGACGCCAUAUAAUUUUAAGUUAACCUGCAUGCUGUAAAUGUGUUUUAUGUUUAAAUAAAGAGGAAAAUUUUUUUGAAAUGUAAUAACUUUCUUAAAACUUAGUUGAUGAAGUAUUAGGUUGAUUUUAUAUGACUAAGAGGCCUUUUGUCUUGACAGAAUAGUGACUAAUGUGUCAUUAUAUUCAUGUAUAUUCUGUUUCCUAAUGUAUUACUUACUCUUUGGACAGUGGGUAUUAAAUAUGUAGGCUGAAAACUUCAGAGCCAGAAAUGAAAUCAGUCUCACCCAUGUUAUUUUACUUUAGCCUACCUACAUGGUUCUGUUCAUCUGAGCCUGAUUGUUUUAUUAACCUGUGUAAGAAGUGUUUGUUUUUCAAUGCUUACUCGGUGGUCCUCAGUGAUCAUUCAAGCCUAGCUGGAGAAAACUAAAGAAAGACUGUUCUUAAGUUCUAGUGGUGAUUUGGCUUUUUGUUGGGGGGGGGGGGGGUCGGGGUGUAUAAUAUUAAAUUCUUUAAUAGAAAUGUUUAAUUACAUAUAAAAGCAUACAGUAAAUAAUGAACGUCCAAGUACCUCAACAGUUUUCAACUCAGGGCUAAUUCUGUUUAAUCCAUAACCCCCACUCAUGUGCCCCCUCCCCCAUAUAUACAUUAAAGCAAUCCUGGAUAUAUGCAUUUCUUCAUAAAAUUUCAGUAUAUUAUGCAUAUUAAAAUACAUGCUUGUUAA